AUGACGGCCGCGCCUCGUUCGCAAAUGACGCCCGACGACGACGACGUCGGUACAACAUUCUUGCUCUCCAGAAUGGACGGCCACACGCAUACAACACAAGAACAGCCCGCGGGAUCGCCGCUGAGCUCAGACAACGACAACGACUCGCUGUUCAAGACCAAGACGACACCUCUCACAUCCGCCUCUUCGCCCUCGCUCUCACUCAUGCCACCACCACUUCCCCAGCGGGACGCUCGCCGCAAGUCAUGCUUCCUCGACGCCAUGCUCGAUCCCAAGACAGCACUCUCUGUAGACAUGACAGUCACGCCAACAACCAGCAAAGCCGCAUUGACCAGCGCCAUAACCAGCCCGCCCACGCCACUCGACGUCUACCUCUCGUCUGAAGAGGACGCCUCGUCGCUGGGCGACCUGUCCGACUUUGACUUUGAUAGCGACGAGUUUGACGACUACGGCGGCGAGUUCGAAGAGGCAACGGCCACGUCCGCUGCCGUCAUUGCGCGGACCUCGACCAACAACAGCGCUCCGGCCGCCGUCGCCACGAACACCACAUCGGCCACGGCCUCAUUACAAAACAACAGCACAGCUGCAGCUACAACAGCAACACACACUCGUCGCCAUAGCCACGACAUUGCCCGCGUUGUCUCGGUUGUGUAUGCGGGCAAGCCGUCGCUCGUCGACUUGGGCGUGGAGCGUGAAGCUCGCCGGCAAUCGCUCCAUAACGCCCGCAGCCCCUCGUCGUCGGCAUCCUCGGUCGUGCUCUCUGAGACGCGGCCGUCGACGUCGAGCGGCGGCUCGAUGUUGUCAACAGCACCCAGCAGCACUGUCAGCCCUGCCAAGCACCAGCAAAAGCGCAACAGCUCUUCUUCGGCCAGCAUGGGCAGCAUCAGUAUCGGUGGCCUGGGUGGCAAUGGCAUGCUGGCAUCAUUUAGUGCACGCAAAUUGGCCUUGACAGCAGCCGCCGUGACGGCGACGACCAAUGCCAAUACGGCUAGUGUGGGCCGGAGUCGCGCCCCGGUGCUGCCCUCGUUGAAAACGACCGCGACCGUGGCCGCUGUGCCCUCGCCGACUGCGCCUGGGAGUGCUGUCGAUGCGAUUGCGGCCGUGUCUGCCCCCAUCAUGGCGGCACCUGCCCGGUCGUACACUACGUCGGUUCUGGUGGCUGGCGGCGAGUCGACGGUGGCUGCAUCGUCGCCCCGGACACCGACAUUUGGCACCGCUGGCCUGCUGCGCGGUAUGACGCGCUCGCUUAGAGUGAGCAGUCGUCGUGGCCUCGGCCGCCGCGAGUCCAUGGUCGAAAAGGUGCCAACGCCUACGUCGGCAACGGCCGUAUCGCCCAGUCUUCUUCUUGACACACCCGGCAACCGCAAGUCCCUGGCCCUGUCGGUCGUUUCGUCAAUGACAUUGAUGAACGCCCCUCCCCCUGGCCCGCCUAAUGAGGACGGCUUUGACGGCAACGACAGCAUGGCUGCUACCACUCCAAGACGACUGGCCACGCCCACUGACCUUGUCGUCUCCAGGAAGAGCUCGGGCGGCAGCUUCCUCGGCAACCUGGCAGGUCGGCGCAGGAGCUUGAGGUUGCUGUAG